AUGUCUGAGAAAAAAGAGGACCCUCCAGUCGCCACUAUCCAACUACCACCACAGGGCGGCUCGCUUUUAAGCCAGCUGGCCAAUUCUGGCCCUGUCUCUAUUUUUGCUUAUUGCGCAUCUUCUAUUUUGAUGACUGUCACUAAUAAAUAUGUUGUUUCUGGCGACUUCAAUUUGAACUUCUUCUUGUUAGCCGUUCAAUCGAUUGUUUGUCUGAUUACGAUCUCUAUACUGAAGUUCCUUGGGAUAAUAACUUACAGAGAGUUCAAUUAUAUUGAGGCGAAAAAGUGGUCACCAAUUGCUUUUCUUUUGGUGGGGAUGAUCUACACAUCCUCGAAGGCUUUACAAUUCCUCUCAAUCCCGGUCUACACUAUUUUCAAAAAUUUGACUAUCAUCUUGAUUGCAUAUGGUGAAGUGUUAUGGUUUGGUGGUUCAGUGACUUCCAUGGCAUUGGGAUCUUUCAUUUUGAUGGUUCUUUCUUCCGUUGUUGCAUGCUACGGGGACAAGGAUAGUUCUACUGGAAAUUUGGCCUUUGGUGUUGGAUACUUCUGGAUGUUUCUCAACUGCUUCUCAUCAGCUACUUUUGUGCUUUGCAUGAGGAAGAGAAUCAAGUUGACGAAUUUUAAAGAUUUCGACACCAUGUUCUACAACAAUUUACUGUCGAUUCCUAUUUUGUUGAUUGCAUCUUUUAUUUUGGAAGACUGGUCUCCCGAAAAUUUGGCUGUCAACUUCCCUGAAGCUAACAGAAAAUCAGUUAUUUUUGCCAUGAUUUUCUCUGGUGCUUCCUCCGUUGGAAUUUCCUAUUGUUCGGGCUGGUGUAUCAGAGUGACAUCAUCAACUACGUAUUCAAUGGUUGGAGCUUUGAACAAGUUACCAAUCGCAUUGAGUGGACUGAUCUUCUUUGAUGCUCCUAUCAACUUUUUCUCGAUUUCCUCCAUUUUUAUCGGUUUUGUUGCAGGCAUUGUUUAUGCUGUUGCAAAGCAGCAACAACUAAAAGAGAAAAACCAACAGUUACCUAAGUAA